AUGCUUUCCGUAAUCAGCUACCUACCACUGAUAACUACUGUUCUCUUUCAAGAAUGUCUAUCACUGUCUCUUUCGAAUGUUUAUACCAGUUAUAUAAAUCGAGAAACAAUAGAUCAAUCCGACACUUUUGGGUACCAUAUUCCCAAACCAAUUGGCUACAAAGGAGAUGAGCCUAUUUGGCCUAGAAGCUAUGGCUACUCCGCUGAGAUGUUCUUCGAUGAAAAUGGAGCCGCUUUCCCUGUUCGGCCAAGGAAGAAACUUGGGAGCAUUAUCCGACCAUUGCACCAGGGCGUACAGAGAUAUGAUGAUGAUGAAAGCGCGGAAGUAGAAACACCAAAAUAUGACGAGAGAAAAGCACUCCGUGAAUUCUACAAAAGGUUCAGAACUCGCGCCAAGACCAGUUAA